CACCGUCAUUAUUAUAGCGAUCCUUGACUUCCAUUACUUACUCCCAAAGAAUAGUAUAGCCACUAACAACAUUCACAACCUCAUUUGAUCAGAGGCGCAGCACAUCCCUUGACGAAGCAUUUACUCACAGCUACGUUCUGUCUCCCUACCAGGUUGUCUGCACCAAUUCAAUGUCGUCGAUCCCGGACCUGUCAACAGGGAGCUACAUACCCCACCAUUGGAGGACUGCUCCAGGGUCCUCGACCGGCACCACUUCAGUUCCCACAAUAUCUUCUUUAUUAGCGGAUAAGUUUAAACAUGCGAGAAACUCAACGCUGGAUAGUUUAGGAGGGGCGAGAAACUGGCUUGCUAACACGAUGAGUAAUCUAGGAGAUUCUAUCAAGGUACCCUCACCACCCGCAGAGCCUGUUUACGGAAGGAACGUAUCUUUCCCUUCCUACCUGACAAGCGAUGAUUCUACUACCACCACUAACAGCUCAUUGGGCACCCAAAUCGCCACUGAGACCCCUACACCAUCGUCUGUAACCACUCCAUCUGUCGAGCCUACAAAUGCAGUAUCUUCCUCUGCUUCUUCUAGAAGGAUGCCCGCCAAUGCCAUUGAAAGCACAAAUGGUGCUAGCAGCUGCAAUGUCACGAGAACACCUGAAGGUUGUACUUCCUUCGACAUAGACAUUAGGCAAAUUAACCUGGAGGAAGGAGUAGCAAUCAUUAGUACAGGAGACGAUGGACCUGCACAUUCGGUAAUUAUCACCAGAGAUAUUAAUAAUGUUAUCAACAUUGAUGUGAAUAGGUUGACAGCUGAUCAAACUACGUCAAAUUCAUCGACAGCUCCUACAGCACCCAGAGGCAUCCUACGACGACCACACUUACUUGACAUUGCAAGUAAAUCGUCACUUUCUUACUCUGGACCAUUACUUGUCUCAGGGGGACCACCGACUCCGGGAGAUGACGGACAAAGAGUAUUUCAAGAUGUCAGCGUGCACGAUUAUUGCACAAGUACCAAUGGUCUAUCUGGUCUGGAUAAACCUCUUACCGCUUUUGAAAACAUUUCUUCGUUUAUUCAAAGACGAUACCGUCAGGACGACGGGUCCUUGAUAUUCAGCCGAACAGAGGCUAACGAACUCGCCCCCUACUUGUUACAAUCCGGGAAUGACGGUACUGAAGAGUCUCGGGCCUUGAUAGGUUUUGGCCUCGAUGAUCUUAUCAUUAAUAGCGUCCUGCCGUCCAAAUAUGAGUCCGAGGGUGACACAAGUCGAUCUAGGACAGUGCUUGUAGACGAUACGGAAGUCCCCACUACGACUGAGGCUGGAUCUGGGGUGGAUGUAAGCGCGUGGAAGGGCCACUCUUUGAAUGAAUGGUUGAGCGAACGGGUGGCAUCUACAGAUACGUUCGGCUUGCAGUCCGAUAUAUCAAGUCUUUCCGAUGGAAAAGAACUGUUGAAUGAUGUCCGAUCCUUGGGCAGCCAAAUGUGCCGCAGACACGGCAUUGAUUCGGAUCCAGACUUGACGACAUAUUUUUCAACUCGGAUAGGUACAUAUAUGACCGAUAGGAUGCUCUCCAGUGGUACGCGGGAAGUCACCCCCGGUAUUCUCGCCGAUGCGGAUCACAUCCUUUUCAAAGCCAUAUCUGCAUUAUCCGGAAUGUCAGAGGAUGCACGCAUAUCUACGCUCUUAGGACGAAAUGCUCCCACUUACAGCCGUCAUACAAGCCAAUCGGCAGCUUCCCGGACUCCAUCAACUGAAUCUGUGACAUCUCAAUACCCGGAUCAUUCGCUAUAUUCUGACAGUAGCUGGUGGGCACCCAGUUCCCCAACGUCUCAAAGCAGCUCAUAUGUUGAAUCACCGUUGACUUCAUCAACAUCAUUCAGUGAUGUUCCGUCCUCCACAAGUCGAUCGGUCAGAUUCAAUCCCUAUGUCGAAGCUGUUCAUUAUGAGUAAUUGGUUCCUGUCGUUUCUGAGAU